AUGGAUCAUCGCCUAAAUUCUGAUUAUGUUUCGAGUGGGUCGAUAGAUCCUCGUGUUGCUGCCAGAGAUCGUGCAAUGCGGCGGAAUCAGAUCUCCGCCGAUCAACUUCUCGAAGAGAAUCGACGAAUUAGUGAUGAGAUUUCACGAGAAGAUGUUCCGGGUGGGAGGAGAGAACGUCGUCGUCUUGCUGCUAAAGAGCGCGAGAUUCGGAGGGAUCAGUUUAACGCCGAACUCCUUAGGGAAGAAAAUAGAGGAAUGACUGAUGAGAUAACAAGAGCAGAAGUGCAGUAUGAUGAUGAUGAUACUUUUGUUCAGGAUGGGAUUCGGAUUGAACCUUUCAAUUUGACGGAAGAGAGAGAAGAAGGGUAUUUCGAUGAUUCAGGAAAUUUUGUCGAAUUCAUGUGUGAUAGUGAGAUCGAUGAAGCAAUGGACACUGAAAGAAAUUCUACAAGAACAAAGAGUGAAGACGAAACUCCCGACCUUCCUUCCGAAGACUCUGGAAAGAUUAAGAAGCGAAUCGCUGAUGUUCUUGAGACUGGAGAGACGGUUUUACAAGCUUUGAAGAGAUUGAAAGGAAAUUCAAAUAAUAGGAAGGAGAAGAUGUCGCCGGAAACCAAGAUUCUCUUUGAUCAGUUGACUGAAGAUGCCAUGAAGCUGAUGGAGAAUGGCGAUUGCAAUGUCUAUGACUACAAGCAAGAGAUUUUUCAGCGAGAAGCAGAAGUAUAG